CCUCCCUUCCCCUCUAUUGUUUGAGGUUUUGGUAAAGGGCUUGACAGACACCGCAUGUACCGCUGGAACUGUCCAUGCUGUGGAAUAGUAUCGAUAUUGGGUAAAGGUGUGUGUGAGGGCACCACCUGUCAGUGCAGGAACAGGAUGUGAUGUCAUAGCGAUAGCAGCUUCCAUCUUUCUGUCCAGCUUUGUGUUUGCGAGUGGGGAGGGGGGGCCCUUCCCGCUCCAAGGACAGGACAUGUUUGAAGUCAAACCCCGGGCGGUGGAGAAGAAGGAGUCAAGCACAGAGACAGAUGAGGGGCUGGGCAGCAGCGGGAGGCAUCAUGGCUCGGUGGGCUCCGGGUCGGCCGGCUCCGGCUCCGUGUACCUGUCAGACAGUCAGGACUGGGUGGUUUCCCCAAGCUGCUCUCCAGACGAAGGCUCCAGCCAACACAACGCCAUCUCCCCCGUGCUGGCAGAGGAAACCUUCCGCUACAUGACAUAUCUUGCUUUGGAGCCCACCUCUUAUUCCCACCCCGGCUCCCAGAGCCUCUCCAAAGUCCUCAGUGCCGAUCGCGUGGAGCAGAUGACCAAGACGUACAAUGACAUCGAAGUGGUCACACACCUUUUGGCUGAGCGGGACAGGGACUUGGAGCUGGCAGCGCGGAUCGGUCAGUCACUCCUGCAGAGAAACCACCUGCUGCAGGAACGCAAUGAGGCCUUAGAGGAGCAGCUAGCACAGGCCCUGGACCAGGUUCAUCAGCUGCAGCAUGAACUCACCAAGAAGGACGAGCUGCUGCGGAUGGUGGCCAGCGCCUCGGAGGAGAGCGAGACCGACUCCAGCGUGUCCACCCCCCUGCAGCAGCCUCUGCCGCUGGGGGGAACCACCGCCGCCGCCGCACUCAGCCAGCUGGAGUGUCUGCAGAGCAAGCUGCAGGAGCUGGAGGAGGAGAACCUGGCGCUGAGGUCUGAGGCUCAUCAACUGAAGAGAGACACUAUCACCUAUGAGGAGAAGGAGCAGCAGCUAGUGAGCGACUGCGUCAAGGAGCUCCGUGAGUCCAACACCCAGAUGGUGUCUCUGACGGAUGAACUGUCCCUGAAGAACGAGGAGCUGCUCAGACACCAGGAGGAAAUCGCUCAGCUGCUCUCCCAGAUAGUGGAGCUGCAACACAGAGUGAAGGAGCUGGCUCUGGAGAAAGAGGAGCUGAGGAUCCAUUUGCAGGCCUCCAAAGAUGCUCAGAGGCAGCUCACGGCCGAGCUGAACGAGUUGGCGGAGAGGAAUGCCGAGUGUGUGGAGAUGCUCCAUGAGUCUCAGGAGGAGAUCAAAGAGCUCCGCAGUAAAAACUCUCCCUCUGCCGGGAUGCGACGGCACCUGUCCUACGGCCUCUACCCCAUGGACUCUCUAGCAGCAGAGAUCGAGGGCACCAUGAGGAGAGAGCUGAGUGUGGAGGAGGAGACUGCCUUUCAGGACCAAAGAAUAUCCCAGAAGCGAGUUUUCCAAACAGUCCGCUCCGUCAACGCCUCGGCAUCGCGGCCAGCUUCAGCUACGCCUCCGAUCCCCGGCUCAGGACAGAGCUCUCUAGUGAUGACAGCGCAGCCCUUCCAGUCCAUUCAGGGGGAGGAGGUGCGAAUGGGCCAGCCCGGCUGUCCCGGUGGAAACGACCUCACAAGAGCCCUCCACCGCCUGUCGCUGCGACGACAGAACUUCCUGUCCGAGCGUCAGUUCUUCCAGGCGGAGCGCGAGAAGAAGCUGCAGGUGCUGGCGGGGGCGGAGGCAGACGGAGAGGGCAGCGGCUGCAGCUCACCAAUGGGCAGCGUGGUCUCGUCUUUCUCUAACCUGUCGGAGCUCUCCUUCAGCUCCAGUGUCUUUAAGACCUUCCUGCCUGAGAAGCUUCAGAUCGUCAAACCCAUGGAAGGCUCACUGACGCUCCAUCACUGGCAGCAGCUGGCCAAACCGCACCUGGCCACCAUCCUGGACCCACACCCGGGGGUAGUGACGAAGGGUUUCCGCCCGCUGGCUCAGGACGCUGUCUACCGCCUCUCUGACAUGGAGGAGGAUGAGGAGGAUGAAGAGCUCAGAGGGGCUGGUGUCCUGGAGAAGGGGGCAGCAGAGCGGGGUAAGGAGGAGGAGGAGGAAGAGGAGGACGAGGAAGAGGAGGAGGGCGGGAUCACCUUCAAGGUGCGCUACACAUCUACACCAGAGGAGAGGAAGGAGAGGAAGCAGUCGGUGUCACCGCUCCCUGUCCCGCCUCUCUCCCCCACCAUGCCCACGUCAUCCUCCUCGGUCAGAUCGGACAUCUGUCUGACACCUGCAGCUCAACUAGUCACUGAGACAUCCAGCCUAUCACCUCAGCCCAUUCCACAAGUCUCUGCAGCAGCGGUCCAACCACAGAGUCAAAUUUGCACUUCAAUAUCAACAACGGCAUCUUCCUCUGUCCAAAAUCCAGGGAAGUGUCAGAGCUCCACCUUCUCCACCUACACCUUCACGACCUGCCGCAUCCUGCACCCCAGUGAUGUCACACAGGUCACCCCGAGCUCUCAGUCAUCUCUCAUGGCCAACACACCCAGCUCCAUGAGGACAGGUCCCAGCACCCCUGUGACCCCCUGCAGACUGAGCCUGGGUGACUCCUUCCCCCCUCGACGCCCCCCUGCACCCACCAGCAGCCUGGCCAAGCUGGUCCUAGAGAGGGGCAUUUCGGCACAGGUGUCUACCGACACUCCACCUUCAUCCCCGAAACCCACACCACGGCAGCCCCUCUACCGUUUCCUCCCAAGUACACCCCCUAACUCCCCCACCCACUCGCCCUGUCCCUCCCCUGUGCCCAUGGAGCCUCGCCAGCACCCAGCCGACAAUUUUCUAGCCUCGCGGCCGGCAGAGCUUUUUCUCCAAGACGUUUACGGGUUGAAUCUGGGCCGUGCCCCACAUCCCGACCUACCGAGCACCUCCCAGGAAACCCCAGCCCUCGGCUCUUCAGGCCGAGCCAGGUCCGAUCCGGUCAGCGUCGGCCUGGUGGAGAGGCUGCGGCGGCUGGGAUUCACUAAGGUGCUCCACGGCUCGGAGUCUGAGCCGCGUAAGGAUUCUGCCACUUUUGUUUCGGCAGGCGGGGGGAGCCUAUUGGACGGCCUGAGGCGCAACCAGAGCCUCCCUGCCAUGAUUGGUGCAAGGGCGGGAAAGCCAGUCGGUCACCCCACGCCUCCUCUUCAUCCCACCUCCCUAGCCCUCCCCCCACCACCAUGGGGAAAUCUUAAAGAGCGGCGCCGGCAUCUUGCCUCCGUCUCCCGUGUCCCGUCAAGUUCACCCAAGCACUGAAGAGAGGGAUGGACUGGGAGGGCGCAUACUCGAGAACAUGAACCUCCUCCUUUACACCUUCAUCCCCUCCUUCUUCCUCUCAUCUCUCCUCCUUUCUGCCUUUGGAGAGAAGAGUCAGGGCAUCGAUGGGCAAAACAAUCCCUCCUUUAUAAGACUUAAUUUUAAAGCACAAUUAAACUAAACUGACUGUUUUUAGCGACAACGCAGUGUCUGUGUGUGUAGAUGUUUGCCAUGAUGCUAGUUGUCAAGGCCUUAGCUCGCCUCUGAACGGGUUGUUCAGCUUUGUACCUUCUCAGUCGUGUAAGAAUUAGGUUUUGUAGUUUUCCUGUGAGGCUCUGGAUGUUCAGGCACAGGUGGAGGAGAGAAGGAACAUGUAAGUGGAAGAGGGUUUGUGGAAGUGGAUUAGAAAAGAGCAAGAGUUAAGGCACGGUAAAGCUGUAAAGAGAAGAGAGAGUAAGAAGAGAAAGUGAGCGUAAGGUGAAGAGAGAAGGACUGAGCAUCCAGAGUUUUCACAUUUCAAGGGCUUGUUUUGUUCUGGGCUGGAAAAGCUUUAGUCUGUAGUAAAACAGCAUCAUGUUGGCCGACCAUUCCCAUAACACAGUGACUGGUUUAACAACAUCUGUCUCGGCACAUUAAACCUUUACAGUCACAAUGGAAGGGAUUCAGUUUGCUUUUAUUACUUGAGAACUGGACUUAAGUGCUAGCUGGCUCAACGGCAUACUGCCAGGCUCAUCUUGUAGUCAGACCAUGCCUCUAACAUGCCAGUAUUAAUAUUAUAAUAACUUUACAAUAGACCAUUGUUGCACAAAUGUCUGGUGACCGUCCACGUGCCCUUCCCCUUUUCCUGCCUCCUGCAAGCGUCUGCAUGACACGUCUAAAGCGACCUUGCCUACAGGUUCCCAGCAUGCACCCUGUUGGCAGACGGGUGGGGCCAGGCUGAAGGCGAGGUCAGAACCAAAUCAAAACACCAGGCAAAAAAAAAAAAAAAAUACAGAAAAGAAAAAAGUUUUACCUUCUCCUUCAGGUCCUUGUGUUUUGUGUGUUUUUAAUAUGAUGAGGCCUUAUGUAGGAGCCAGCACUGUUCUGAUUUGUGUUCCUGUGAAGCCAUGUUUGUAUAUAUGAGUUGCACUCGGUGGGAUUUUUUGAGGUUGAGGUUGAGUUCAUUUUAGGAUCACUGCUUGGUUGAAAAAAUUUCACCACAGCGCUGGGGCUUUAAAAGAAAAGUUUUCAGCCAUUGUGUUUAUCUCAGGCCUGUGGGGCGUUCAGGUUCAGUCUGUUCAGAGGGAAAAACCACUGACACAUUAUUUUAGUUGUACAUCACAUCCAGGAUUACUAUGAGUGGUUGUUUUCUGUUUAAAAUGGACCUUGGGGGUUAUGUCAAGGACAUAUAUAGUUCACACUUUAGCCAGAAGGUCGGAUUAUUAUAAUAUUUAUUCUAUAUUCUACUUAUAACACCACAUAAUCUCAUGCUUAUAUACAAGUAAGCUUAGAGCUUUGUGCUUGCCCCCUAUGUGUCAGUCCAACCAGACUCCACCACUCAGUUACUGCACUUUUACUUUUUUUUUUAUAUUUAACCUUGUUUUACUGACAUCACUAUCUGAAAGUAUAUAAAUUUUAACAUAACGAGAAAAUUUAGCAUAGUGUGUGCCUGUUUUAAUAAUGUCAGCUAACAUUUUGUCAUAAGAUUUUAAUAUAUGUAGCAUUAUUUUCCUUUUUUUUUUCCUUUUCAUAACUAGAGGCCCACAGAAGGGAAUCCAAAUCAAGCCAAAUGUUAUUUUUAUUUCUGAAGAAAUGGAGGACUCUGGCUUACAUAUGUGUAUACUGUAUGCAACCAAUUUUGUGCUAACCAGCUGUAACAUAUUUAACAUUGGAAGAAGAGCUUGAGUUUGAUGUUUUGUAUGUUUAUAUGAUUGGAGAGAAGAGGAAAGAAGACACAUUCAGACUGUUCAUAUCUUUACAUUAUUUGUAGUCAUAUGCUCUCCUUUCAGUAAAGCAGGAGGUUCAGGUUUCUGUCUAUAUAAGAUAUCCUCUUCAUGUCUCCCCUCUAAGAUCAUGAUCCUCUGUAAACUAUGGGUAUUAUACAGUUGCCUCUUUUUUUAAAUAAAGCAAUGG